GUGGCAGAGCGAUCAUUGGUAAUCAAAAAUGGCUGGUGUGUUGUUCGAGGAUAUUUUCAAUGUGAAAGAUAUUGAUCCGGAGGGGAAAAAAUUUGAUAGGGGUGACAAAUUCCGAUUAGUGUUAGCAACGACACUUAGAGAAGAUGGUUAUCCCGAUGGCGGAGAAUGGAAUGCAACGGAUCAAGAAGGUGGUUCUAGAGCGGACAGUUUUGAAUACGUGAUGUCGGGAAAGGUUUAUCGGAUCGAAGGUGACGAGGCCAGCAACGAACCUAGCAGUAGAUUAUCCGCCUACGUAUCUUUCGGUGGAUUAUUAAUGAGGCUGCAGGGUGACGCAAAUAACUUACAUGGUUUCGAAAUCGAUCAACACAUGUACCUGCUCAUGAAGAAGCUUGCAUUUUAGGUUAAUUUAUCGACUAAGAAGAUUAGUUUUCCGACUCUGUCUUUUAACCCUUUGAGACACGAAACAUACAAAAAAUAAUAAUAAUUCUAUGAAGUUUUUUAUCAUAGGGUGAGACUCGAAUAAUCCCACCGUGCAUAUUAUUUAUGCAUUAAAAAGGUGGGACACAUUUAAUACUGCCUUGCCUCAAAAAGUUAAACAAACUUUACAAUUUUAACAAGUCAUAAUUAUAAAAUAAUAAAAAAAAAAAAAUUUUUAGUUGCUGAGGAAGUCCCCAGUAAGGGACGAAACGUUCAACAAGAUCAAAUAAAUUUGUUCAUCAAAAUUUA